AUGUUGCUGUUUCAUUUUGUUUCAGUGGCAUUGAUAAGUUUAUUUGAAACAAUACUACUUGGUUAUCUCAGUUAUAAGGGAAACAUCUGGGAACAGAUUUUACGAAUACCCUUCAUCUUGGAAAUAAUUAAUGCGGUUCCCUUCAUUAUCUCAAUCUUUUGGCCUUCCUUAAGGAAUCUAUUUGUCCCCGUCUUUCUAAACUGUUGGCUUGCCAAACAUGCCUUGGAAAAUAUGAUUAAUGAUCUGCACAGAGCCAUUCAGCGUACACAAUCUGCAAUGUUUAAUCAAGUUUUGAUUUUAAUAUCUACAUUACUAUGCCUUAUCUUCACCUGCAUUUGUGGAAUCCAACAUCUGGAACGAAUAGGGAAGAAGCUGAAUCUCUUUGACUCCCUUUACUUCUGCAUUGUGACAUUUUCCACUGUGGGCUUUGGGGAUGUCACCCCUGAGACAUGGUCCUCCAAGCUUUUUGUCGUUGCCAUGAUCUGUGUUGCUCUUGUGGUUCUACCCAUACAGUUUGAACAGCUGGCCUAUUUGUGGAUGGAGAGACAAAAGUCAGGUGGAAACUAUAGUCGACAUAGAGCUCAAACUGAGAAGCAUGUUGUUCUGUGUGUCAGUUCACUGAAGAUUGAUUUACUUAUGGACUUUUUAAAUGAAUUCUAUGCUCACCCAAGACUUCAGGAUUAUUAUGUGGUGAUUUUGUGUCCUACUGAAAUGGAUGUGCAAGUUCGAAGGGUACUGCAGAUUCCAAUGUGGUCACAAAGAGUAAUCUACCUUCAAGGCUCAGCCCUUAAAGAUCAGGAUCUGUUGAGAGCAAAGAUGGAUGAUGCUGAGGCCUGUUUUAUUCUGAGCAGCCGUUGUGAAGUGGAUAGGACAUCAUCUGACCACCAAACAAUUUUGAGAGCAUGGGCUGUAAAAGAUUUUGCUCCAAAUUGCCCUUUGUAUGUCCAGAUAUUAAAGCCUGAAAAUAAAUUCCAUAUCAAAUUUGCUGAUCAUGUUGUUUGUGAAGAAGAGUUUAAAUACGCCAUGUUAGCUUUAAACUGUAUAUGCCCGGCAACAUCUACACUUAUUACACUACUGGUUCAUACCUCUAGAGGGCAAGAAGGCCAGCAAUCGCCAGAACAGUGGCAGAAGAUGUACGGUAGAUGCUCUGGCAAUGAAGUUUACCACAUUGUUUUGGAAGAAAGUACAUUUUUUGCUGAGUACGAAGGAAAGAGUUUUACAUAUGCCUCUUUUCAUGCACACAAAAAGUUUGGCGUCUGUUUGAUUGGUGUUCGGAGGGAAGAUAAUAAAAACAUUUUGCUGAAUCCAGGUCCUCGAUAUAUUAUGAAUGCUACAGAUACAUGUUUUUAUAUUAAUAUUACCAAAGAAGAGAAUUCAGCGUUUAAAAACCAAGACCAGCAGAAAAGAAGCAAUGUACCAAGGUCAUUUUAUCAUGGACCUUCUCGAUUACCUGUACAUAGCAUAAUUGCCAGCAUGGGUACUGUGGCUAUAGACUUGCAAGACACAAGCUGUAGAUCAACAAGUGGCCCCACCCUGUCUCUUCCUACGGAGGGAAGCAAAGAAAUCAGAAGACCUAGCAUUGCUCCCGUUUUAGAGGUUGCAGAUACAUCAUCAAUUCAAACAUGUGAUCUUCUAAGUGAUCAAUCAGAAGAUGAAACUACACCAGAUGAAGAAAUUUCUUCAAACUUAGAAUAUGCUAAAGGCUACCCACCUUAUUCUCCAUAUAUAGGAAGUUCACCCACUUUUUGUCAUCUCCUUCAUGAAAAAGUGCCAUUUUGCUGCUUAAGACUAGACAAGAGUUGCCAGCAUAACUACUAUGAGGACGCAAAAGCCUAUGGAUUCAAAAAUAAGCUAAUUAUAGUUGCAGCUGAAACAGCUGGAAAUGGAUUGUAUAAUUUUAUUGUUCCUCUCAGGGCAUAUUAUAGACCAAAGAAAGAACUUAAUCCCAUAGUACUGCUAUUGGACAACCCCCUAGAUGAUUUACUCAGGUGUGGAGUGACUUUUGCUGCCAACAUGGUGGUUGUGGACAAGGAGAGUACCAUGAGUGCGGAGGAAGACUACAUGGCAGACGCCAAAACGAUUGUAAAUGUGCAGACCCUUUUCAGGUUGUUUUCCAGUCUCAGUAUUAUCACAGAACUUACUCACCCAGCCAACAUGAGAUUCAUGCAAUUCAGAGCCAAAGACUGUUACUCUCUUGCUCUUUCAAAACUGGAAAAGAAAGAACGAGAGAAAGGUUCUAAUUUGGCCUUUAUGUUUCGGCUGCCUUUUGCUGCUGGGAGGGUGUUUAGCAUCAGUAUGUUGGACACUCUUCUCUAUCAGUCAUUUGUAAAGGAUUAUAUGAUUUCUAUCACCAGACUUCUGUUGGGAUUGGACACUACUCCAGGAUCAGGGUUUCUUUGUUCCAUGAAAAUCACUGAGGAUGACCUGUGGAUCAGAACUUAUGCCAGACUUUACCAGAAGCUGUGCUCUUCUACCGGAGAUGUUCCCAUUGGAAUCUACAGGACUGAAUCUCAGAAACUUGCUACAUCUGAGUCUCAGAUAUCCAUCAGUGUAGAAGAGUGGGAAGACACCAAAGACUCCAAAGAACAAAGUCAUCACCGAAGCAACCACCGCAACUCAACUUCCAGUGACCAGUCAGACCAUCCCUUACUGAGGAGAAAGAGCAUGCAGUGGGCCCGAAGACUGAGCAGAAAAGGUCCAAAACACUCUGGUAAAACAGCUGAGAAAAUAACCCAGCAGCGACUGAACCUCUACAGGAGGUCAGAAAGACAAGAGCUUGCUGAACUUGUGAAAAAUAGAAUGAAACACUUGGGUCUUUCUACAGUGGGAUAUGUUCUAGUAAAUGAUUGUUCAUCCAAGUUCCAGCUGUGUUUCAUGAACAUUAUAACUCAAGGCUGGUCCUGUAAGCAGUGUGGCAGAUAACAGUUUGACUCUAAGAGACACAAAAAUGCAUGAACUGGCUGCAUGGGAGAAUCAUCAGGGAACAUAUUAUGUUUUUGCUAAUGAAACUUCUAUCAGGUACCUUGCAUUUAGUUAUUCUUGUUUUUUUUUUUUUUAAAUAAAUCUGUUAAUUUAAUUCUCACACUAACUCUUACAGAAAAGAAGAAUGGAUAUUGUCCACCUUCUUUUUUUCUCUCUCUUUUCAUCUUUCUUUCUUCCUGUCUCUGUCCCAUUCUAAUCAUCUAUUCAUCCAUAGGUCCAU